UUCCUGAUUGUUGGGUGUGUGUGUUGACAGCUCUGACUGAUUGCAGCUGAAAACUUAUUUUGUAAAAUUGAAAAUUGAUAAAAAGUGAAGCAAACAUGUUGAACGCCGACAAGGGCGCAGCGGAACCAAAUGGGGCCAGCGACGACAAGGCUGGCAGCGCAGCCCAACAGAAUAUAACGGUAGAUCGGGAAUUUGGCAAAAUUGACAAGAACGUGACAACUUCUCGGCCUCCGCUACUUGAGACUCCGCGCGGUUACGGCGAAUCCCCAAAAAUAUUUGAGCCCAAGCCAAUGUCGAAAGUCAUGCAGGAGCAGUUGCAGCAGGAGCAGACGCAGGACCAGCCGAACGAACAGCCACAGGAGCAGCUACAGGAGCAGCUACAGCCGAUGAAGCAGCAGGAGCAGGUGCAGAUAGAGCAGCAGCCGCUGAAGAUGCAGAUGCAGAACCCAGUGCAGGAACUGCCUAAGCAACACAAUAAUCAACAGCAGCCGCAGCAGAAUCAGCAGAAUCAACAACAGCAACAGUCGCCGCAACAGCAACAGCAACAGUACCAGCAACACAAUGUUAAGAGUGAAACCAAUGAACAGCGCCAGGGCCCCUUGCCGGGCACUCCGAACCAGUGGUGCACGCUCAGCAAUCGAGUGCACAAUCGCGGCACCACAAUCGAGAUGAUGUACACUGGACCGGUGGUGCCCCAGCCAGCGGAGCCGCCGCUCGACUUGCGUGCCAUACCGGGGGUGACGCACCUCACCAUGAAUCUGCCGGUGAGCCUACCGCCGGGCAUUAAGCACAGCACGCCGGACAUGCCGUCCCUGAUAAAUGCCAUGGACUUCUUUAGGCGUCCAGAGAGCCAGCAGUCCGCUCGUGGCAGGGGACCCAGCACUUCCAUUCAAGUCAUACCAAAGGACAAGAAUAACAACAUCAACACACAGAAAAUCGAGACCAUUGAGGUGCUGCCACUGGGCACCUCGCAGGCAGCCCCACUCCAGCGUAGCACUAUGAACUCCUGCUUCCAAAGCUUCAGCUUGAUGCACCUGGAAGUCGAUGAGCGCAAGUCGGACGCUCCCGGCCGCGUGGUUUUGGAUGCCGAAAUAUCGCCCACAUAUAUGCUAACCACAGAGCAGCAGCUGCGCAUCCAGGCCGCCAUCAUGCAGGAGGACGUACCGCUGACAGAUGCCCUGAUGCCCAUCGUUAAAGAUUUGUAUAAGGAGCACGCUCGCUUGCAAAAGGCCGGAAAUGGUUUGCUGUCGACGCCGGAGGCACCGCCCUGCGGCACCAUGAGAUUCCACUACGUCGAGCCGCCGAUAUACGGCUACCCCAAGGGAAUGUCCAGCCGUAAGCACCGCGGCCCCCAGGUGCCAUGCGUCCCCCAGAUGCCAUUCGUUUCCCAGAUGCCGUUCGUUCCACAAGAGCAACACGUCCCACAGGAGCAAUACGUCCCGCAGGAGCAAUACGUUCCGCAGGAGCAAUGCGUCCCACAGGAGCAACGCGUCCCGCAGGUGCAGCGCUUCCCGCAGGUGCAGCGUGCUCCGGUCGUGCAGCGCAUUCCGCUGAUGCAGUGCGCCCCGCAGUUACAGUGCGCUGCCCCGACUGUCGCCAGCAAGAUACAACGAUCCACUAGCAAUGUCAUCGUGGGCUCCACAAUCAUGGCUCUUGAUAAGAACGGCAAUUACAAGGCUAUGGGCCUUGAGGAUUGGGGUAAAUUGAAGAUACAGGGCGAUCAGCCAACUAAAAAUUAAUUACGUAGUAGUCCGGCAAGAAGAUGAUCAUCAAGGGAACAUGAUACUCAUAUCCGUUCUAUAUAGUUCAAUAUUUUUUCGUUUCCCUAAUUGUAUUUGUUUCUGAGUUAAAUUUAAUAAAAAUGCGAAACCCCAAAUUCAAGCUGAAAGCACGAACAAAUAAAAGUGCUCCAGCCGGGAAUUUCC